AUGCCCAGCUGUGGUGAAGAAGUACGUGGAAGGCGUGAAGGCAGCGAGCGAAGGCGAUGCAUUGCGCAAGGCGAUGAAGCGAGCGAAAGCGAAGAAUUAGCGAGGCCCAAGUGUGUCCUGCGGGACAUGGCUUGGGGUGUGUGUUAUGGUGGGCGACUUAACCCAAGUCCCGCUAUGACACAGGUGGUCCUCAACCGAGGCCACCGGCGCUACCUGCAAGAAGUGCUGGCGUACGACAUCGAGAACCCAUCUAUACUCAUUCUCGAUAACUUUGACUCGCAUGUCACUGAAGAGAGCGAGAAGAUCGUGGUUGAAGAGUUGGGCUGCGUGCUCUAUCCGUUGCCGCCCAAUAGCACACCCCACUGCCAUCCUUUGUAUGUGUCAUGGGUCCUUUUACGCAGCACCUACGUGACUUCUGGGUUUUGA